CCCACAAGAGUAGGGUCUGGGGAGGGUGUGUGUACGCAGACCUUGCCCCUACUCGAAAGUAGAGAGGCUGUUUCCAAAGAGACCCCCAGCUCAACGUCGAAAGUUGCAUUGCUUGACUAACUGCUACUUCAUUAAUUAAAGAAGCGCAGACAGUUUAGAGAUCCAUUUUGAUUUAUUCCAUCACACCCCAAAGCCAAAAAAUGAUGAAAUUUUGGCUUCAUCGGAGAUGAUGGGAAUAUAAUUGUGACUUCAAUAAAGUCAAAAGUCUAAUAUAUACGAUUUUUUAAAAUGCUUUUGUAAUUUUUCUUUGUAAAAACCCUUGCAACUAUAUUUGUUUUGCUGUUUAAAAAUAAAUUCAUAUUAUUUUAAUAUUGUUUAUUUUUUAAAUAAUUUUCUCAAUAAAAUGGAUCUUAUCUAAUUCGAAUGAGUAUAAACUAAUUUGAACUUAUCUAACUAUGAUAAAAAUGAAUAAUAGGUAGAAAAGAAAUAAAUUGAAGAAAAGGGCACCUUAAUUCUUGAAGAGAAAUGCUAGGGGCAAAUGAGAUGGAGGUGUACGAAUGGAGAUGGAGGUGUACGAAUGGGUACCCAAAUGGUUUGAUUCUUGAAUUGCUCCCAUUGCAAGGCACAGUUAAUGGCAGGUGACAGCAAGCGAAAACGACGCCGGAAGCCGGAAUUCGGAUCCCCUGAUGACACGGCGACCCCCAGCUCCACUGCAGCUAGUUCCGGCGCAUCAGCGUUGCCAACUAUCGACGAUAUCGUCUUUUCCGUCAGCAACGUCGAGCUAAUCAACCCUACCACCAACCUUUCCUCCCUUUCCCACCAUCGCCGCUGCGGGCGGUCACUUGAAGUUCACAGACAUCCCGAGAAGCAGUACGAACUUGAAAAACCCGAAACCCUAAAAUUCACAUCCCCGCCGAGAGGGGUUGUUGAGAAGGCUAAUGGAUCAGCUUCUCUGACUGCAUGCGAUGCCGAUGUCUCAAAUGUGGCUGUAGCUCGGGUUCUACCAUCGAUGGACGCCGUAGUGAAGGUGUUUUGCACCCAUACCGAACCUAAUUUUUCUCUGCCAUGGCAGCGGAAACGGCAGUUUAGUUCGAGUAGUAGUGGGUUUGUCAUUAAAGGGAGGAGAGUUUUAACUAAUGCUCACUCUGUGGAGCAUCAUACUCAGAUCAAAUUGAAAAAGAGAGGAUCGGAUACCAAGUAUCUUGCCAAGGUGCUUGCCAUUGGAACUGAAUGUGAUAUCGCUUUGCUUACGGUCAAUGAUGAUGAGUUUUGGAGUGGGGUAUCUCCUGUCGAAUUUGGCAUUUUGCCUACACUUCAAGAUGCUGUGACUGUAGUAGGUUAUCCAAUUGGUGGAGACACCAUUUCUGUAACGCGUGGGGUUGUUUCACGUAUAGAGAUAUUGCCAUACGUUCACGGAUCAACCAAACUUAUGGGACUGCAGAUAGAUGCUGCUAUAAAUUCUGGAAAUUCUGGGGGCCCUGCUUUUGAUGACCAUGGAGAUUGUGUAGGCAUUGCGUUUCAAUCCCUAAAACACGAAGAUGCAGAAAAUAUUGGUUAUGUUAUACCAACACCAGUUGUCAGUCACUUUAUCCAAGACUAUGAAAGAAAUGGAAGAUAUACUGGGUUUCCUACUCUUGGAAUUGAGUGGCAAAAGAUGGAAAAUCCAGAUUUGCGACUGUCAGUGGGGAUGAAACCAAACCAGAAAGGUGUUCGGAUAAGAAGAAUUGAUCCAAUUUCUCCGGAGUCUACGGUUUUGCAGCCAUCUGAUAUUAUUUUAAGUUUUGAUGGGGUUGAUAUAGCAAAUGAUGGAACAGUUCCAUUUCGGUAUGGGGAGCGGAUAUGUUUUAGUUAUCUUGUAUACCAGAAGUAUGCAGGAAACAGUGCAGAAAUUAAAAUUCUUCGCAAUCAUGAGACCUACACAUUCAAUAUCAAACUUGAAAGUCACGUAAGGUUGAUUCCAGCUCACAACAAGGGCAGACCACCCUCAUAUUACAUAAUAGCUGGAUUUGUUUUUACAUCAGUGUCAGUUCCUUACCUUCGAUCAGAGUAUGGAAAGGAUUACGAGUAUGAAGCUCCUAUCAAGCUUUUGGAUAAGCUUUUGCAUGAAUUUCCACAGUCACCGGAUGAACAAAUAGUUGUAGUUUCUCAGGUUCUUGUGGCUGACAUCAACAUAGGAUAUGAGGAGAUUGUCAACACUCAGGUGCUUGCUUUAAAUGGCCAGCCUGUGAAGAACUUGAAAGGCUUAGCCAACAUGGUGGAGCUCUGUAAAGAUGAAUAUUUGAAGAUUGAUUUGGAAUACCAACAGUUAGUGGUUCUCCACACAAAGAAAGCAAAGGCUGCAACUUUGGACAUCCUUAAAACACACUAUAUACCUUCUGCAAUGUCGGAUGAUCUCAAGGACUAGAAUUAUUAUUAAAGAAUGCAUCCGUGUCCUUCUCGGAAAGGUCAUCCUGGAAAAUCAGAUGUCAAGAGAAUCUUAGCUCGCAACUUUAACUUGCUUGUAUUUUCACUGUAAUGACGAAUAGCUGUUUCAAGGGUGUCCUAAAAUUGAAAGGUUCGUAGGGUCUUAGAUCACCGAAGACCUUUUGUGGAGGCAGUGCAGAUAUCUGGUUCCCUUACCAUUUUUCAUUUGUACGGACUUUUGAGAAGCAACUAGAGGGAGCAAGAAGGAAAGACAAAGGACAGGAAAUGAGAAAAGGGUUUUGUGUGGUGUAAAAGUUACAUGUAAACAUUCUUUUCUAAAUUGCUUUUAACCAUUGAUGUGUAUUAGGAUGAUUGUUUUGCAGGCAUUUUGGGUACUAUUAACUUUUACAACGU